AUGCAAAGCCCAAAUGGCCAUUUUAUUGAUAAAAAUUUCGUACCACAAGCUUGUUUAUUAGAUUUCGUACGCUUGAAAGGAUCCCAUAAUGCUGAAAGCUUACGACAAACAACUCGUAGAAUUGUUGAACGAUUGGGACUAAAAGAUAAAAUAUUUCGUAUAAUAACAGAUAAUGCUGCAUCAAUGAUUAAAGCCUUCCAGUUUGGCUUAGACGUUGAAUUAGACGAAACUAAUAAUAAUGCUAAUAUAACAUCAUCGCAAGGUAGUUUAUGUGAUAAAGAUGAUAUCAUUGAUGACGAUGAAUGCGUUUUACAAUUAGUCAAUUGGUAUCCAGACGCUCACGACGAAGCAACGUCCGAAAGUCUGUUAUGUCUAAACACAAAACGAUUAUCGUGUUUUGCACAUUCGCUACAACUCACAGUUCGCGAUGGUUUGAAAAAAAUACCGUGUAUUAAAAAACCAUUAGCGAAAUGUCAUACACUAGCAUCAUUAGCUCAUCAGUCGAUGAAAAUACAGGAGCUGUUAGAAACGUUAAGCAAACAAAUUAAACCAGCGAAUGUGGAAAGAUGGAAUGCUGAACUGUUGUUGAUUAAAUCUAUUGUUUUGAUUGGACAAAAUGAACUCACAGAAAUUACUAAUGCCACAGAAGUGAUUGACAUUCUUGAUCCAUUUUACGAUGUGACAAUUCAUGUACAAUCACAAGCGGUUGUUACACUAUCGAUGGUUGUUCCAUCAAUCGUGCAUUUAUUAGCACAUUUAAUUGAAAUCAAGACCGACUUAGCAUUACUAAAGGCAAUGGUUAAACAACUGCAAAGUUCUCUUGAGCAACGCUUUUCUGGCAUAGUUAAGCGACUGCAACUUCAAGAAGUGAAUGAUACUGAUCCAUUUAGUGAUCCCAUUUAUUUUGUUGCGGCUAUGUUAGAUCCAAGUUUCAAAUGGUAUUGGAUGAGUGAAAUGAGAUAUAAUAUCUCAGAUGCAACUGAUUUAAAAGAAAAUAUAUUCUCUUUGAUAAUGACCGAAUGUAAAUUUGAACUAAAAUCAGCUCAAGAAAAAUCAAAUUCAAAUUAA